AUGGCGUGUGUUCGUCUGCCGGAGUUUGUUGAGAGGCACAAUGUGAGUGCGGCGGAGGCGUUAGGUGUGAGAGAGCUUCGUGUUCUGGGGAGGGGUGUGUCUUCAGAAGUGGUUUUGGCAGUAGAAAAGUCAAGCCCAGAAGGCAAGAAGAAAGCUCUGAAGAAGAUCGUGUACGGCGAACGGGAAAGCCUUGCUGAUAAACUCAAGAGAUGGUCUUUCUUUCUGAAUGAAGUAAACAUCCUAAAAGAGCUGAGUCACCCGAACAUUAUUGAACUACAGAGAGCUCUCAGCUGUCGAGAAGAACUAGUUCUCGUGCUGGAGUUGCACGUCUCGGAUCUAGCCAGUGCCCUACCUCAUGUCACAGACUUUGGGGUCAUUCGCUUCUUCACACAGUCCACCAGCGCCUUAACAUAUCUCCAUCAGCGCCGAAUUGUGCACGGUGACGUGAAGCCACAAAAUGUACUCCUUCAUCACACAGGAAAGAUGGUCAGAUUGUGUGACUUCGGUUUUGCUCAGAGACUACCUGAGAACAAAAAAAGCUGCAACACAUAUUCUGGAACCCCCGCCUAUUUGGGCCCGGAGUUUACCACAGGUCAACCCGUUCAAGACGUUUAUAAACUCGAGAGUUUCGCUCUCGGCAGGCUUCUGUGCUCACUGUUGUUUCGGGAAAAGGCGAAGUUGAACGUGGAUUAUCUCCCUUUGAUCCGUGAGAACGCCACGAUACCCGCCACUAUGAAGGAAUGUGCACAACGUUUGCUGGAACCUUCUCCGACAGAGCGCGCUACCGCCUGGCAGAUAGAUCAGUUCCUCACACAGACCUCCCCUGGGGCUCCAUCGAAUUGA